AUGGAACAGUUCACACAAAAUACAUUUAACACGACUGUGUUUCUUCCGCGGUCCCCGGCUGAGCAAACCUCGAAUACCGAGGAAACACAACCUGCAUCAAUUCAGCUAGCAGAGGUGCCGCAGGAGCAUCGUCUCGAGCCACCUGCUGAGGGGGUCUUCCCAAGUAAAGAAAAACUACUUGAGCAUAUCCGCAAACACGCCCUGUCCAAGGGCUAUGCGAUAGCGAUUCAAAAAUCCACCAAACUACAAACACGCCUCUACAUCGGUUGUGAUCGAGGAGGUACACAGAGGGUAAUGGGUCCUGACUCUCCCAGUAUCCGAAGGCGACAGAAAAGCUCCAGAAAAUGUGGCUGUCCUUUCCGUCUAUUUGCAAAAAAGGCAAAAGAUAUUGAUAUAUGGGACUUGAAGAUCAAGCACCCCUUUCAUAACCAUCCGGCUGAUGAGGAUAUGGCUACUCAUCCAGCUGCUCGUCGGCUUACGCCUGAACAGCGAAGGCAUGUUAAGCAUUUGGAUAUCAUCGGGGUGAAGCCGAAAGAUAUUGUCACCUUUCUCAGACUGGAGAAUCCAAGUGCUUUGUUUUUGCCGAGGGAUAUUUCUAAUGAACUUAGUAAAUUGAGAAGAGAGAAGGAGGCAUUUGCUUUGAAAGGACAGAUUCUGCCGGAACCAUCACAGGAUUUACCUGAGGAUCAGACGAACGUGCUGAUGUUUGAUCUCUAG